UCCCUCACACACACACACACACACACACAGAGCUAAUACACCGAGCUUUACUACUGGCUAAGCUAGACCACACGGCUACGAGUAGCCCGCCUGUCUGCUCGCUCAAUAAACACUAACAGAGACUGGGCAAGUCACUUUCACGAAGUUAAGUACAUAUUUACAGGCAUUCUGACUUUCUAUAUUUUCCUCUUUUUGGUAUAUAUAAAGGGUGUUAUUCCUGAGAAAAUACUGCUGAAUACUGAAGCUACAUCACUGCGAGAUUUGGUAAUGGAGGAAUUCGCCAUGCUCACUCCUUGCACUGUGUGGAAAUGAUUUUAACAGGCACCAACUAACAGAGAGAAUAUUUUUUAUGUGCAUUUUGGACUAGUUAAAACCUUUCUGAGCCUGACUUUAAGAGCUUACAGAAGAGGAGUAUCUUCUGUUUUUUUUUUUUUUUUUUCCUUUUUUUUGUUGCAAAAUAAAGUAUUCUUCCUGCUAAAUCGCAAGGAUAUUAACUCACAAAACUGCACCAUGCCGAGCUCAACGAUCCGGAGGCAGAUGAAAAAUGUGGUCAAUAACUAUUCAGAUGCAGAGAAAAAGGUCAGAGAGGCGACCUCCAACGACCCGUGGGGGCCAUCCAGCUCGCUAAUGUCUGAGAUCUCUGACCUCACAUACAACGUGGUGGCCUUUUCUGAGAUUAUGAGCAUGAUCUGGAAGAGGUUGAACGAUCACGGCAAGAACUGGCGGCACGUGUACAAGGCACUAACGCUGCUGGACUACCUGAUCAAGACCGGUUCGGAGCGUGUGGCCCUGCAGUGCAAAGAGAACAUCUUUGCCAUCCAGACUCUUAAAGACUUCCAGUAUGUUGACCGUGAUGGUAAAGACCAAGGCAUCAACGUGAGGGAGAAGUCCAAGCAAUUAGUGGUUCUGCUAAAGGACGACGAUCGGCUGAAAGGCGAACGCUCGCAGGCCCUUAAGACCAAAGAGCGCAUGGCCCAGGUAGCAACCAGUGUCGGUAGCAGCCACCAGAUCAGCUUUGGCCGAGGCUCCAGCCAGCCGAACCUCUCCACCAGCUACUCAGAAGAGUACGGCAGGUCUGAGGGCUCACCAGCUUCAUAUCAUGGAUCCACAUCCCCCAAUGCGUCAUCGGAGCUAGAGCAGGCCCGACCACAGACAAGCGGCGAGGAGGAGUUACAGCUGCAGCUCGCCCUGGCUAUGAGCAGAGAGGCAGCAGAGCAGGAGGAGAGGAUGCGCCGCGGGGAUGACUUGCGACUCCAGAUGGCUCUGGAGGAGAGCCGUAAAGACACUGUGAAAGGGCCCAAAAAGAAGAAAGAGCCUCAGUCGUCUUUGCUGAAUCUGAUGGAUGCAGUCCCUGGAGGUCCUGUUGACCCUUGGGGAGCAGGGGCAGGUGGAGCACCACCACCAGCAGCAACAGCAGCAGCAGCAGCAGCAUCAGCCCCUGCCUCAGACCCCUGGCAAAGCUAUGGUAGUGCCACUAAGCCAGCAGCUCCUGUGGAUCCCUGGGGUCUGUCAGCUUCUACAGCAUCAGUCUCCCCCAUGAAGAACAGUGACCCCUGGGCGUCAAGCUCUGCUCCUGCAGGGGCUGAUCCGUGGGGCUCAGGGCCUGCCACUCGUCCCAAAGCCCCUGGUCCGGGUGCUUUUGAUCUCUUCUCCACAUCAAAUGGUACCUCUAGGGAUGACCUAGAGGAUUUUGACAGUCUUCGCCCUUCAUUGAUGUCAGGUGGUGGUAAAGGAAGUUCAGUUAUGGCUUUACAGACUAGCAAGUCUGCCAGCCCUGACCUGUUUGACUUGCAGCCAAGUGCCGCAACCAGAAAAACCCCUGAGUCCUUCCUGGGUCCUAAUGCAGCACUGGUAAACUUGGAUUCACUGAUUACGAAGUCUGCUCAACCAGCUCCUGUUUCUAAUCCUUUUCUUGCUGCAGGAGCCGCCCCUGCCCCUCCAGCUCAGGUCAACCCGUUCCAGGUUAACCAGCCACAGCCGCCCACUCUCAAUCAAAUGAGAGUAAGCCCCAUGAUGGGUCUCUCAGGCCAGGGAUUCGGCAGCCUGGCCCAGAGAAGCAAUGAACCCAUGCCUUUGUCAUCUCUGCCCCCUGCUGGUGCUGUGGGCAUGGGGCCUAUGGGUGGCAUAACCCCUAUUGCUCCCAUGGGCCAAAUGAUGCCAAGCAUGGGAAUGCCAUCUACCUUGUCAAUGCCGCAGCCGCUUAUGAGCGGUGUGCUGCCACCUACAGGCACUGCAGCUCAGGCUGCUGGCCCAACUAAUCCCUUCCUGUUGUGAGGAACAAUAUAGGCUUUCGUUGCCUGUCUCCCCCUCCUGGCUCCUUUCCUAUAGUAUGGGCAGCAUACUGUUGUGUUCCCCAAACCAAUGUGCUAUUUUGAGACUUUCUGGAGUAGCAGUGGUGUUUACAGUUUUUACAUUGGCAGGAGAUGCCGUCUUUGGCGGUAGGUACCAUAGAGUGAUUGGUAUUUUAUUUUUCUAAAUUUACUCGAAUGGACUGCCAGCGAUUGAUUACUGUGUCUUUAGGUGUGACUUUCUCACCACUCUUAGUCUACGGUUGCUUUCUAAAAGACAGCCUUGUAUUUAAAGGCAUUCUGGUUUUUAAAUUUGCUUUGGAUGCUCAUUUUCUUAAGGGAGGCUUAAAAAAUUCUGCUUUCUCUUGUUUCAUUUUCUAAUUUUUAGUAUUUUCAAGCUGUAUAAUUGCAAAAAGCUAACCCGUUUUAAUCAAAACAGCCUAUAUGUUCUUCCCGGUGCAUAUACACUAUGUGUAUUUUACAGUAGGUUAAAAGUAGACACAUUUUAGAGGACACUAUCAGUUUACAUGGUAAUAAUUUUGAUGUUCUAAGCAGGGAUUUUGCACACACUCUUCGUUAUUGUUUUUGUUUUGACUGUUGGCUCACCGUUAGUCCUUAGCUUGACUAUGAUCAACUUUUUUUUUUUUUUUUUUUUUUUUUUAUAAUUAUAAUAGAAGAAUGCAUGAGACAUGGAGAGUGGUUUAAAAUCGAAUGCAUUGAAAGACUAAUUCGUAGUGGAGUGGUGGGGAUUUGCAAAAUGUGGAUUUGGCUACCAUAUCAUACCAUGCCUUGACUUUUAUACCAAAUCUUUGUGACACUUUCGAGCUUGUGGAUUGGUUGUAUGGGCUGGUUCAGUUCAUUACAGUUCAUUAGUGCUGCAGAGGUUACUCUUCAAACGGCUUCGCACCUUGUCCUUGUUAUGACUGCUUGAUAGAGCUAAUAAAUGAGCAAAUCAAUACUAACGAUUAGUAUUUAGUAGCUAGUUAUUAAAAGACUCAAGAAAUGUUUCAGAUUAGCGUCAGUGAUCUUGUUGGUUUGUGUGCGAUGGUGGUAAUAUUUGACAGAACAAAGGGAACUGGGAGGAUCAUGUUUCAGUACUAUUUACUGUUAACAAUAUAACUAAUCACUUUUACCCAGUGCAAUCAGUUUAUAUCACAUACAUUUAUAAAUAGUAAAAUAUUUAUCGGUGCUUUCCAUUACAGCAACUCCAGGGUUUGUAUGGGAAACUGACACAAGGUUUAUUUGAUGGGUGGGGGGUUUCUGAAAUAGGCCUGUGUGUGUGUGCGAGUGUUUUUCUUUUCUUUUUGGUUUGUGCUUGCUUUUUUGAGCAAUGGUGUUAAACUACAUCUGAUUAACAUAAAAGCAUUACUAUGUAGCAAUGGGACAUUCUUUCGGUGAAAGCAAAUUUAUGGCAAAAUAUACCCAAAAGAUGAGAACUUGCUCUCUCUGAUUCCUUGGUUCGUAUCAGACAAUGCAUACACCUGCUUUGCAAUGUGGAUAUUAUUUCUUAAGGUCAAACAUCCACUACAUGUUCAUGCAUGCUUACUAUGAACUUGCUAAUGAAUUUAUAAAUCUAAUGAUUUACAGACUUUCUCAUAUUGGGUUACGCUUUUUUUUUUUUUUAAUAUAAAAGCCCAUUAGAACACCACCCAACAAGCACAAGAUUGCAAUUUUCUGUCCAGUUGUAGUUACCAAAGUUGUAGUGCUUUUGCUGUAUUAAAGAGCAGCUGUUGUAGUUUUAUAACGCAAUUGUGUAGAUUCACUUUUUUUGUUUUUGAUUUUUUGUUUUGCCCAAGUGUCAGUGUUCAUGAUUUCAGUUGACUCAGCUAUAGAAAUGUGCUGUCUUGAACUGUCCUCUUCAUUUGCGACCUCUACUGGAGAGUCUGUGGUAGUACUGCCUGAGCACAGCCGUGUAUUAAAGCCUGGGUGUGUUCAUUCUCGUAAAAUCUGCAUCCAUCCUCAGGCAAUCAGGGAAAGACAGCUUUAAAAUGUGCGUUAUGCUUGUGAUGGACGUGACGGUUUAUGCAGGUGCUGAUCCUGUGAAAUCAGACUUCUUGCUGACGAACAUCAAAUACAAAUACACAAUUGGUUAUGGGAAAAAUUUUUUUGCUAGCUAAGCAAACUAUCAUUGCCAGUAACAUCGUCCUGUUUCAUUUUGCUGUUACUGACUGUGUAUCACUCACUUUUCUGUUACUUUGUACUUUAUUAUGCAUUUAUUGUGGUGGACUAACCUCAUAAACGUGCAUAAACUCCUUUACUUUCUCAUGUUAUAUAUAUUUACCAUACUGUCUCAUGUUACUGGGAGCAGGCUGCUUUUUAUGAAUGUGCUCAACCUGUUGGCAUUAUAACUGUAUAAUAUAAUUUAUCAUUUGUUCUAUUGUAACAUAUUGUUCUCUCUUAUUUCUGUGUAAUGCUUUUGUAGGAAAGUCACAUGAAAUUUUAAAUGCCAUCUAAAUCGCAGCAGAGUGAUUUAAGGACCCAGUUGCAAUGGUAAAAAAAUAAACUGUAUCACUGA